AUGUUCUACGAGAUCAUACUGGGUGAUGAAGGGCCUGUUGUUAUGCCUCAUGAUUUUGGAGUAAUGGAAGCAUGGCAUGUGCGAAUCGCUAAGAGCAAAACAAACUAUAUUACUGUGGGCUUUUCUGGCUUUCUCAAAGAAAUCGAUCUUAAUGGAAAAGUUUCUAGACAGGAAGCUUUCCCUUCAGCAAAAACCGUUGGUGCGAUUGCUUAUGUUAGUCUCUUUUUUGUUGUUUGUGACCGCUACCCAAAGAGAAAAGAGCAUCAUUCAGGGCAAUAG